UGUGCAGUCUGCUAGCAAACUAUUGAACCUGCUGAAGUUUUGUUAUGGUUUACAAAUAAGACGUUGGGGUUGUUUUAGGUGAACAAACACAAAGAAACAUAGCAUAUACUUGGCAUUGUCCUUAUAAUUCAAGUAAAGUCUUUCGAAGACUGAUGGUGGCGAAUAUGUCGAACAUUACAGCGGUUUGUUACCCAGAGAACGGAGAUCGAGAUUCCCCUUCGCCAGGAAACAAAGAUAAUCUCACAGAAAGUGACAACAGCAGCUCAGAAACCGAGACAACCAGCGAGGACAGUUCUGACGAACAGGCGGAUGGAGAGGACGAUAAAGGUGGCAAUACUAAUACAAAAGAUGAAGCAAAAGAAGGAGAAGGAAAAGCUGUAGAGUCUCAAAACGAGGCUGGCGUCGCUUCUCCAGAUCAUUUAAAUGGGAAAGCAGCAGAGAAGAACACCCACGUAUGCUGUGAAAAAUGCAAAGACAUACAACAGACUCAUGGCAGUGAAUUGGUUACACCCAAGAUAAUCAAGGGAAGUUAUCAAGUGCAGCUGGAAGGAGAAGGGAUAUACGAGUGUUCGGUCACCAGGCUGGUGUUUGAAGCAUCUGAGCGAGUUCUCGUACGAUACUCCAUCGUGUCCUGGUCCAAGUAUGGCUCGUACCUUAAGGAGUCCUGGAAACUGGCUGGACCUAUCUUUGACGUGGAGACGGACAAAGACGCGUCCGUCCUGAAGUCCAUCCAGUUUCCUCACUCUAUCUGCCUGGCCGAUGCAGAAAAUGGGAUGACCUUCGGCAUGCUGCACGUCAAGAACAAGCAUCCAUUCAUUGAACCUGCGGCGGAUCACACAGGCAGCCAUAUUAAGUGGCACGUGACGUCUCUGUCACCCGUCGGGCCUAUGGUCAAGACAAACAAGCCCGUGGAGCACCACGGGGUGGUUCUUAUCUACAAACAGCUUGCUAAUGACGACAACAAAUAUAGCUUCCACAUCUACUUGGCCACCAACAGCUCUGAAAUCAAGGACAUACACAAGCAAGUGGGAAAAUACAAAAAACGUUACAUUCAGAUAGAAAAACCUCCCACUUGUAAGCUGACAGAAGGAACGUAUCGCCUCCUCAGUGAGCCCGAAGGGGCCAUUGAACCUCAGGUUUUGGAGUUCACCCUGACAAUGACCAAGAUGAAGGGCUUUUUCGAGGUUUUCUUUGAACAUCCCCCGCCUUUCCAGUUGUCUCUUAUCAAAAACAACACAGACGAGACGGUGUGGUCAACCACUAUCCGAGAAGGUGACUGUGUGGGGAAGCCUGAGAAAAAAUCAAGGAAAAGGAAAAACAGCAGAAGGAGUAGCAACCCCUCAGAAGAUGAAGCAGACUAUAAGAAAUACAAAUUAAAGGCAGAGUCAGACCACGAGAAAGUGGCCGUUCCGAUCAACCAGGACCUGUCGGAGAAGCAGUUGCUGCAGGUGGCCAAACGUCUGGGCAAGGAGUGGAAACAGGCGGCCAUCUUUCUGGGCUUAAUCAGCCGGGAGCUGGAUGACAUCCAGGCGGCCGAGAAGGACGUGACCAUGCAGAAGCUGAAAAUGCUGGUGGAGUGGAAGAGCAAGAAGGGGCCGGGGAAGGCCACCGCCUUCCAGCUGCGCAGGUGCUUGGAGGAGCUGGACGACUUACCUGUUGAUGUCCGUCAAAUCCUGGAAGACAUGAUCAACGAAGAAGACAAGGGACCAUCUUAAAUAGAUUUUGUUUAGGUCUACUUUAAAAACUGACAUCCAGGGGAGGAAAGUGCUCACCUUCAUCUCGAAGAAAAUGUUCUCUUAGUUCCUCUUUUAUUGGACAAUCUCUGAACACCCCAAUCGGAAUUUUUUUUUUGACUGUAAGAAUUAUUCAGAGUUGUGUACGGACAGACACUAACCACUAUCAAACAUUGAGCAUUACACCAAAAACAACUUUUAAUAUUUAAUGUGGCACAUCUGCCUCGUAGUGUGGACAGAUCUCGGUUGGAGCAUCUCUGCAUGGAGUUUGCUUCUCCGAAUUGACUGAAUCGUCAGGAGGUGUGAAUCUUUGUCUACUUGUGUCCUGUGGUGGACAUGCGACCAGUCUACGGUAUACCCUGCCUGUCACCUGAAAGUCGGCUGGGAUAAGCUCUAGCUCAGGGGGGGUCCAAAGUGCAGCCUACGGUAUACCCUGCCUGUCACCUAAAAGUCGGCUGGGAUAAGCUCUAGCUCAGGGGGGGUCCAAAAUGCAGCCUGCAGAAAUGUUUUUUUUAACGGCCCGCCGCACAUUGUAAACAUACUAUUACAAAAACACAAAGUGGAAUAAUAGAGCAAAUAAAGUGUAAAGUAAAGGAAAAAAGUUGAAAGAAAAGGAAAAACGUUGAAAGAAAAGGAAAAAAGUUGAAAUGUUGACACUAAAAACUAGGGAUGCAAGAUGUUUUUUUCCCAGGCCAAUAUAGAUACAGAUAGCUUCCUGCUCCUCAAAAACGAUACAGAUAACCAAAUAACUUAUUAACCCAGCUAUUAUUUUUCAAAUGUAAUUUGUGCACAUGCAACUUUCUUUGCAUUUGGCUUUUUUGGCAGCUUCUCCAGCAUGGUUUUCAAAACAUGCUGGCAGUCCAGGUGGCUGAUAAGGUUUGAUGUUUCGACGAAGUGUUUGCAGAACAUUCGGUGUAAAACAGCCUGCAAAAUGUUUGCGACACGUGCUUUAGUUGCUCACUCUAACCUAGUACGAGCAAUCUUGCAUCAUUGUAGCUUUUUUAAAUUAUUAUUUUUUGCUCCCAUCCAGGCUGCUUUUUAUCUUAAAAAAAUAAUUAAAUAUAUAUAUACAGUGUAUG